UGAUUCACAGUACUCGACAGUAAUAAACGCGUCGUGUAGAGAAUCGGAUCGUAGAGACGCGCGCGGAGUGUUUCCUAAAUUUGACAGAUUCAACAGUCUGCCAAUUAUUUAUUUAUAUUAUUUAUAUUAUUUACAUCUAGAAUAGAAUUAGUUUUUCGUGUGCUUUAAUCAAAUGUAAAAGAACUGUAACUUCAGCAGUUCACUGAACAACAGUUUCUGCAUUAAAAAACACUUGAAGCCUGACUGGAGACGCGGAGUGAGAGAAGUGAUUAACGAAAAGGCCGAACGCCUGAGUUCAGGGUGCACAUGCUGAAGAGACUAGGAUCAGUGCAUGUGGAGAUACACGCGUCACUAUGAGGCCGUGGCUGAACAAAUCGCUUAGUUUUGCGAUUCUAGGGCUCUUUUUGGUAGCCCUUGGCAACUCCCUCUGCUUCCUAUGGCCGACAGUUUUCCAUCAAAUUCUUCAAAAAGAAUUGGCCCUCUCUCCGACUUCUAAAAGCUUUGAGGUAUGGAAAGACACUAGCAACCUCCCGCCAAUAUUUAUGAAAAUGUAUCUCUUUAACUGGACCAAUCCGGAGGAACUUAAUGUAAAAAAACCGCACUUUAAUCAAGUUGGACCUUACUACUUCAGGGAAGUAAGGCAAAAGGAUGAUAUUAAGUUUAACCAUGAGAAUAAAACUGUCAGCUAUAAACAACGACGAAUAUGGUACUACGAUGAGAAACAGAGCAAUGGAAGUCUCAGAGAAAUCAUUACCAAUUUGGAUGGCGUCUCUGUGUCUGCAGUGCACAAAAUUCGUUACUGGGAUCCCGAUUGGCAGAAGUCACUGUCUUUUCUCUUGAGUAGCACCAGCCGACGAUAUUACACCAGUAAAAUGGUAGAUGAAUUGCUGUUUACGGGCUAUUCCGACAGUCUACUUUCCAUGGGUAAAAUGAUGCCUCUUGAAGACGUUCCAUUUUUCGAUCGUUUCGGCUGGUUUUACCAGAAAAAUGGCAGCACCGAAAUCGAUGGACACAUAAAUAUGGAAACAGGCGAGGAUGACAUUAGCCAAUUGGGAAUCGUGAGAAAAUGGAAUUACAGAGACACUUCGAAAUUUUUUAAGAGUCCUUGUAAUGUUAUUGAAGGCGGUGCGGGUGAAUUUUGGCCACCCAACAGAGUGAAGGGUGAUAUUACUUUGUUCAGCGCAGAAUUAUGCCGCCCGCUAAUCUACGAAUACGAGGGAACGGUUUCUCACUUUGGCAUCGAGGGCUAUCGUUAUGUCAUCGACAAAAAAACUCUGGGGAACAACACGAAGAGACGUUAUCCUCAUGAGCAAGUGAAGUUUUUUGAGCCGACCACGACAACCGAAGACUUUUUCGUAUCCGACCAUUCCUCCGAGAUGGGAAUCACCAUGACCACCGAAAGUGUUUCCAACAACGAUCGCUCAUCCGAAAAGAGUUCGGAUGAGUAUUCAGAUGACGAUCCGGAUAUCAUUAACAUGGGUCAUUGCUUCUGCGGUGGCGAGUGCAUGCCGUCCGGUCUAAUAAACAUGACCGCGUGCCGUUACGGUGCUCCAGUCUUUAUCAGUCUACCUCAUUUUCAUAAAGCCGAUCCCGUGCUUCUUAACCAAGUUGAUGGAUUAUUACCCAACGACAGGGAUCACAGCUUUUCCAUCACCCUCGAACCCAUGACGGGAAUUCCUCUAGAAGUAAUAGCAAGAUUUCAAGUUAAUCUUCUUAUGCAACCAUCAGAAACUGUGACGCUCUUUAAGAAUGUACCUAAAAUCUACAUGCCGAUGAUAUGGUUCGAAUUGAAAGUACAAAUGACCGAAGAGAUGGUUUCUAGUUUAAGGAUAUUAUUAGCUCUUCCAAUAGUGAUGCUAAGUAUCGGAAUAACUAUGAUAGUCGUUGGAUUAUGUUUGAUUGGUAUCGUAGCGUUCCUAUAUUUCAAGAAGAAACGACGUGUACGUUCUACGGUACGUGAGGACACAACGGAAAAGGCAGUAGAUGAAUCGCCUGACAAGAAAACGGAAAUGGUAUACAUGGAUAAAACGAGUAGCCAAAAUGAAGAUCCUAACGUGAGAGGAGAUCGCCGUUUGUACGCAAAACUUUACUGAAUGUUCCUGCAGGGAGAUGUUCAUCUCUGAGAAACGGUGUAAGAAAAUGUGGGGAGGGGGGAAUUUUGAUACAUAAAAGGUUGCUAAGACAUUUGUAAAAUAAAUUAAUGCACUGUUCUAAAAUAUACAACUUAGGAAAGUGUAAGAAGCGUGCACAUUGAAGUAUGCACAGAACGUGUGCAUACACGAUCGUAGACAAAUUUAUGUCAAAUUUUUUUUAUGUAUAUUAAUACAUACGAUGAAAUCAUGUGAAUAAAUUAACGGUAAUUACGAUAAUUAUAUGUUAUCGUAAUAUACAUAUAGAUUAGCAGCAUAUCGCAUUCGUAGAUUCUUUUCAAUGUAAAUAUUUUGGCAUUCGCGUAAAAAAUUAUAACUUUACUCAAUUCCUCAAACUCAAUAACAAAAUUCUAAAAAGACAUUCCUAAUUGUACAAAUAAAAGCAUAGAAUUAUAGUACACAGAAAAACUUAAAUAAUCAAACUUAAGCAGUAAGCGAAUCAGUCAACCACAAUUAAUAACUUAAAUAUAAUGUAAAUGAUAGUAGAUCUAAAUUGUUGUUUUCCUUACUGCUUAUGUCUUAUCGCUUAAAUUGUUUAUGUGCCAUGUCUAAUUCUUUAAUAACGAUAAGAGAUUAGACACUAAAAAAUAGAUCAUGUUUUGUCGUGUUAUUUCUAAGAAAAUACUAUAUAUUUUUAAAAUUGAGUUCUUGUUCACUUUACAAAUGAUAUUUAUCAUUGCAUUUCUAUGGUAUAGAGUAUAGAUCAAAUGAUAUUAUCGUCUUUAUAAAAUAUUGGUUUGGUAAAUUAAGACUGAUGAAAUCGCGCGCGCCAAUUGUGUAGUAAAGUUUUAGUUAAUUUCUUUUUUCGAUUCAAGAUUAUUUCUAUACAUUAGAUUAUUUUUAUACAUUAACAAUUGUACACACACACAUACACACAACAUAAGAUUAAAACACGAUCAAAUCAAAUUUUGCUUUAAUUUAGCUAUUCUGCUCAUUCAUUACAUGUUAAAACUAAAAUUGCAAUAAACUAUGGAUAAUUACAAAUCUAGAGAGAGAAUUUUCUUUUAAAGUUUACCUUUAAAAUAAUAGUAGUUGUGGGAAAAAACAUAAACUUCAACAAAUUUUACUAUACUUUUAGUAAUAUUUGACUAAAUUGUUCUGUAUAAAAUAGUUUGAUUGAAUUUUAUUAAAUUAUAGUAAAUUUUUCAAAGAUUAUAUGUUGUCUCACAAUUAUGUCAAUAUAUAAUUAUGAAUGUAAAUUAUAAAGAGAAAUUCUCUCCGUUUUGUACAGACAAUAUACUCUAAACUGUUUCACGUUACUUGUGUUAAAAUAUACAAUUAACGCGUAAUUGACCUUACGAAAAGAAAAAAAAUACAAAAAACUUUAUAUUAAUAAAAAAAUGUGUGUGUGUGUGUGUACACAUAUAUAAUAUAUAAAAUACUGCGAUAAAUCCGAAUUUAUGGUUUGUCUUGAACAUAGGUAAAAAUAUAAAUUAUAUUUCAAUAAAAUUUAGACUUUUAGAUAUUUAAGACGAUUUACACAGUCUACACAACGAAUUACGUAUGUCAAUAUAUAUUGAGGUAUAUAAAUGUACAAAAUGUACAUGUAGUAUAUAUUAUUGGAGAUGUGUGAUGUAUAAUGUAAUGUAAUACGUUGUUCUUGUACUGCGUAUAUUCGAAUAUCAAUUAUAUGCUUUGAUAUCAAUCGUUAUUAUGCGGAUUCGUUGUUGUAUCUAGAUAGGUAUUUAGAUAUUUACAUCUAUAAUAUAAUUUCAAGAUUGUGUUACAGCUUCCUCAUGCGAAGCACAGAUGUGGUGGAAUCAAUGUAAUAUUAUCUUAUUAAUAGAAUUAGUAUAAAAUCCACCAAAUAUAUUAUGUACUGUUAGUGAUUUUUUUGACUUAUUACCAUUGCGCAGCAUGAACCGCGAUAAAAAAUUAUGUUAUCUUCUACAAUACCUCGAGCGAUAAGUUAUAUGACAAAAUUUGUGAUAUACUUGGGGUUAUCUUAUUUGUAUAAAAAGAAUACAGCCAACUCCGUAAGUGCCAAGAAGAUUUAAGCUAAGCAUUAUGUAUCCGAGCCGAGACGCAACAGAUGUUAACAUGACUUUAAAUAGUGCAAUCAAUAGAAUGUAAAAGUGUAUUAUACGUUUCCAAAUAUAUUAACCAUGUUUCACUGGACAAUUUUAUACUACAUUUUAAUAAAAAGUCUGUAUCAUUUUUUACAACAUUAAAUCAUUGAACUUUA